CCGGAGGAUCAGUUCUGCACAGUAGAGCACUGCCAUGAGUGGGCAACAGAAGCUGCAGUGAUCCUGAGCGUUUCCUCAAAGUAUUGCCAUGUGUGAAGCAAAAGAAAGACAGAAAUUUAUCAGUGAUGCUCAAUACCUGAGGGAGAUGCAGCACAAGAUGGAUACAGAAUAUCAGGCUUGCCUGAGAAAACAAGAGCAGACUAGAGAGCAACCUGAGAAGAAGCGAGAACAGUAUGUCAGACAAGACAUGAGGCAGACAAGCAUCUCAUCCAUUUCUGCUGUGCGCAGUUAUGAAAGACCAUGGAUUUCACGACUCCCUGUUAACAGACAGAUGUCUUCUGAUGAAGUUUCCGGGUGUGAACUGAAAUCCUCUAUAAAGUUGCCUGGAAACAAAUCAGAAGCUAAAUUUCCUGCCAUUGACAAAACAACUGUGAAGCAGAAGCAAAAAGCUGGCACAUGCUCUAAAAAACCAGAAAAAAGUGGAACUUGCCCUAAAAAAGAAAUUUCAGCUUUUCAGAAACCAGUUUUAUCAAGAAGACAGCGGAUGAGCCAGAGAAGUCUCCUGGAAAACCCAGACUCUGAAAAUGUGAAAAGAGUAGAAGGAAAAGGAAAGAAAACACUCCUCCUGCAAGGAACAGCAAAGAUUAGCAGAGGGUCUGGCUCACAAGAUGGCACAAGACAAAGAAGUACUCCCAAGAACAAGAAGAAAUCUCAAGAAAGAAGGAAUUUAGGCCAGACUUCUAAGCUAAGCAUUGAUGGUAAAACCCUAGACAGGGAUCUCAAGAAAGGAAAUGUUUAUACAGCAGCUAAGCAGCUCUCAACUCAUCCAACAGUGUCUCCUGUGCCAAUUGCUAAUGGAUCUCUGGUACCAAGUGACCCAAACAGCUCCAACCUUCCACCCAUUAAAAAUGUCCCUAUGAGACCUAAAGAAGAUGAAUCCUGUGCAGAACUGUGCUCUAAUGUUGAGGGUUCCACCCCGGACAAUGAAGACACCAAGGAAGAGAGACCCUUAAAAGAAGACCUCCUUUCCUUUGACCUCAAUAAUUCUUCAUGUGAUCAAACCAACAGGUUUUGUCAAAUGUCUUUAACCCAAGCAGAGCAUUAUACAUAUGAAAUGGGAGUUGGGGAUGAUGGACAGAGGGUGGAGCUUUCCCACCGGUUGGUAUGGCAACACAAUGUAGCAGCUGACCCAGCUGCAGAACCAUCUUUAGCAGUGCAAAAACAGACAAGGGACCACAGGAAGUCUCACGCUGUUGAAGAAAACCUUUUGGAAGACAAUAAUAAAAAUGAAGGUGAAAAGUCAGUAUUUAGCACCCGAAGCCCAUGCACUGCAAGCAAACCAGGGAGUGCCUCUGCCAGUGAGCCUGUUGGUAAUUUAAAUUCUACCGAGGACUGGUCAGGGAGUAGCGUUUGUGGCAGAGAAAGACAGGCCUUUGAGAACAAUCAAAGAUGCUAUGCUGGGCUCAUUAGCGCAGUGAGGCCAAUGGUUCAGCGGCCCUCUGUUUGUUCUACCUUGAAUAUCCCAGAGUCGUUAGCACGGCCUACAAACCAAGCUGAAGCUUCAAGUAAUGUGGAUGUUGCUGCAGCAGCUUCAGUACAAGUCACAGAACUGACUGGAAGCCCCAGACUCAUUGCUCGCAGACAGCUGUCUCCUCUAAGAAUGAGAGAUUCCUUUUCAGCCACUGAAAGCUGCCAGUCUUCCUCACCCACCGUCAGCACCUUUGAGGACAGCAGCCUGCUUGAGGACACGCUAAGCAACGAGCUCAGCAGUGCAUCUCCAAGCACUGCGUCCCAUGACGAGGACACCCUUCAGACUUCCCACAACUCCUCGGCAUCCACAGAUUCUUCUCAACCCUCUCUUUUCCGGGCAAACUUCACAGCGCACCUUCAUAUGACUGGUGCACUCUCAGAUCAAGUACCGAUUUUCCUGACAGUAUCUGAUCUGAGAAAUCCGAGCAGCUUUGUGAGCAGUGCGUCGGUCUGUGGUUCCCCAAACACAAAAGAACUUAAUAAACCUGAGACAGACCCAGAAAAGCUUAAAAAAUUGCAGGAAAGUCUCCUGGCAGAGGACUCAGAAGAGGAAGGCGACCAGUGUCGGAUAUGUCAGAUUGCCGGUGGAUCCAUAACAAAUCCUUUGCUAGAACCGUGUGGGUGUGGCGGGACCCUUCGAUUUGUCCAUCAAGAAUGUCUGAAGACCUGGUUAAAAGCCAAGAUCAAAUCUGGCGCUGAGCUUGGGUCAGUGAAAACAUGUGAACUCUGUAAGCAGGGUCUGGCAGCAGAUCUGGAUGAUUUUAAUGUGAAUGACUACUACAGGAAUCAUCAGCAGUCUCAGGCCCAGAGUGAGUUGAUGAACUCCGGACUCUACCUUGUGCUUCUGCUUCACCUGUAUGAGCAAAGGUUUGCAGAGCUCAUGAGGUUAAAUUACAACCAGGCCUCCAGAGAUCGGCUGUCAAGACAACCUAGAACAGAGGAGAACCAAAGUUCAGCCAAUUCUGGGAACACCAGCUAAGAAAAUGCUCCAAGAGGAUUGUG